CAACUCAAAUUUAUAGAGUAAAGUACAGUAAUAUAUGAUGCUUGAUGCUAUAGGUAAAUUCAUCGUUAAAUGGUGUCAUACAACAACAGCUUUUGUGCCUGUCGCCGUGCGCCGCCGCCCACAACGGUCACUAGAGACGAGGAGAGAUUCGCAUUCCCAUCCCACCCCUCGCCUUUAAAUCCUGCGCCCCACCGCUCCGAUCUAUCCUCCACUCGAUCUCUCGCCGCCGCCGCCGCCGCCGCCGCCUACUCCCACUCAAUCGCCGCCGACGAGAAAGCACCGACUCGAUCGUCAGCCAUGGCCCGGGGAGAGAACCAGGAGGCGCAGAGCGGGAACGUCCCCGACGCAUCAUCCGCAUCCGCGCCGAAACCGGCGUCGUCGUCAUCGUCGGCGGGGGCCGGGAAGGGCUUGGAGGGCCAGUCGGUGGUGCGGCGGCUGCAGUCGGAGCUGAUGGCGCUGAUGAUGGGCGGCGACCCGGGCGUGUCGGCGUUCCCGGACCCGGACGGGGACAGCAUGCUCCACUGGGUGGGCACCAUCGCGGGCUCCGCGGGGACGCCCUACGAGGGCACCUCGUACCGCCUCGCGCUGGCCUUCACCGCCGAGUACCCCUACAAGCCGCCGCAGGUGCGGUUCGAUACCCCCUGCUUCCACCCCAACGUCGACGUCCACGGCAACAUCUGCCUCGACAUCCUCCAGGACAAGUGGUCCUCCGCCUACGACGUCCGCACCGUCCUCCUCUCCAUCCAGAGCCUGCUCGGAGAGCCGAACAACGACUCGCCGCUCAACACGCAGGCGGCGGCGCUCUGGGCGAACCAGGAAGAGUUCAGGAAGAUGGUGCAGAAGCUCUACAAGCCCGCAGCGUAGGGGAGGAGCCGAGGAGGACAAGGACAAGCCCGCUGCGGGUUCUUCAAGCACUCAUCUCGCUUGCGUCGAUAACUCGAUGUCGAAUUGUCGAUGGAGAAGACAAGAAAAUAGAUGGAUGCUUUUGUUGGGUUGGGUUUCCCAGUCUGGUGGUGUAGCAGAAGACAAGAAAACAGUACGAGUGUUCUUUUGAGUUCUGAAUGUUUAGAGGUUCAUUUUUACAGGACUUAUUUUCGCCCAGAUUCAGUGCUGCUUGGCGAUCAACGAAAUUUCAGAUGACCUGCAUUCGCAGUGUUAAUACCCAGAUGAAAACCACAUGUACUUGAUAUUGCCGUUCCUCUUCUAACGCAGUGUUGUUGCUCGGCUGAUGCAUCAA